AUGGAACCUAGAAAUGCAUCUUUUGAUACUUUUUUUCAUGAAACAAGAACUGGGAAGUAUGUGCCUAGAGCACUUUUCAUGGAUUUAGAACCAACAGUUAUAGAUAGGAUCCGUGUGGGGAAGUAUCAUUCACUCUUCCACCCAGAACAGCUUGUGAAUGGAAAAGAGGACGCUUCGAAUAACUACGCACGUGGUCACUACUCUGCAGAACAGUGCAAUGAACUUCAGGGGUUUUUGGUUUUCCGAAGCUUUGGAGGAGGCACCGGAUCAGGAUUUACAUCUCUCCUAAUGGAGCAGCUCUCAGCAGAGUAUUGCAGGAAGACUAAGUUGGAGUUCUCUGUGUAUCCUUCUCCUAGAAUCUCCACUGCUGUGGUAGAACCUUACAAUGCCGUCCUCACCACUCAUUCCACCAUAGAGCACUCAGACUGUACCUUCAUGGUAGACAAUGAGGCCCUCUAUAACAUCUGUCAUCGUAAACUUGGCAUUGAAUGUCCUACCUAUGCCAGCAUCAAUAGGCUGACAGCGCAAGUGUUAUCUUGCCUCACUGCAUCCCUCCGCUUUGAAGGGCCCUUGAAUGUGGGCCUAAUUGAAUUCCAGACCAACCUAGUGCCUUAUCCAAGAGUACAUUUUCCCAUCACGACACUGGCCCCCAUCAUCUCCGCUGACAAAGCCUACCAUGAGCACCUCUCAGUGCCUGAUAUCACUGCGGCUUGUUUUGAGUUCUCCAACCAGUUGGUCAGGUGUGAUCCUCGGCUUGGAAAGUACAUGGCUUGCUGUCUACUCUAUAGAGGAGAUGUGGUCCCUAAGGAUGUGAAUGUAGCAAUUGCAUCCAUGAAGUCGAGGACUUCUGUUCAGUUUGUUGAUUGGUGCCCAACUGGUUUCAAGGUGGGCAUCAACCACCAGCCGCCCAUGGUGAUGCCAGGAGGGGAUCUGGCUCCAGUUCAGAGGGCUGUGUGCAUGCUGAGCAACACCACAGCGAUUGUGGAAGCCUGGGCCCGCCUGGACCACAAAUUUGACCUCAUGUUUGCCAAGAAGGCAUUUCUGCACUGGUAUAUCACAGAAGGCAUGGAACAAGGGGAGUUCACGGAGGCCAGGGAAGAUCUGGCAGCCCUGGAAAAGGAUUAUGAGGAAGUGGGCUAA